AUGGCAAUGGUGCUUGAAGCCUGCUUCACCUUCGCCGCGGGUCAGGCCAGAUGUCUUGUGAGCUCUCAUCCAAGCACCCCAAUCCGCAGGUCUGCUGCUAGUGGGCUUCUGAACAUCGAUUGUGUGGAUGCUGGCGUGUUUCGCACAUACUUUCGAUUCGAAAAAAACAAUAUAGGCAGGUUGAAGACCGCUUUGCUGAUACCGGACACCAUUUACACUGCUCAGAGGAUAACUGUGUCGGGAGAAGAGGCACUUUGCCUAACUUUGCGCAGGCUUGCGUACCCGAACAGGUUGAGUGAUCUGGAGUGCCUUUUUGGGAGGCACUACUCUGUGAUUUUAGUGGUGACCAACCAUGUGCUUGGACACAUUGAAAGCAACUUUGGGCACCUUCUCCGCGACGUCAACAACCACAAGUGGCUGGAUCUCGCUGCCUUGCAAGAAUUCUCGCACGCCGUUCAUUCAAAGGGAGCGCCCCUCACCAACUGCUGGGGAUUCAUUGAUGGCACGGCACGCCCUAUAUGCCGGCCUUCGGAAAACCAGAAAAUAUUUUUUUCUGGGCACAAGCGCACCCAUGCCGUCAAGUACCAAUCUAUAAUGUGCCCUAAUGGAAUCAUUGCCCAGCUGAGGGGACCGUACUAUGGCAGUCGACACGAUUCAGGUACACGAUUCAGACAAAUGUACAAAUUAGGACAUGUUGCUCACGUGCGAGAAUUCUUGCAAGGCAGCGAGAACCAGCCACUUGUGGUUGUUGACAUCGCGGAGAAGGUGCCCAAAGUUGUUUUCAAUGUGCCCAAGCCCAUGGUUGGUCACCACUGA